ACUGGUCUUUACUGGUCCAUACUGGUCCAUACUGCUCCGUACCGGUCCAUACUAGUCCGUACUGGUCUGUACUGGUCCGUACCGGUCUGUCCCAGUUACGAGGCGUGCGCCGAGGCGGCGGCCUGGCUGCGGGCGCGGCUGCGGGAGGCUCCGCGCGUGGCCCUGGUGUGCGGCUCGGGGCUGGGGGCGCUGGCCCAGGAGCUCUCGGAGCCGCAGAGCUUCGACUACGCCGAGAUCCCGCACUUCCCCCGCAGCACCGUGCAGGGCCAUGCUGGGCGAUUGGUCGUCGGCCGCCUGGGCUCCGCCCCCUGCGCCGUCCUGCAGGGCCGGUUCCACCUGUACGAGGGCUACAGCCCCGCCCAGGUGGUGGUUCCUGUCCGGGCUCUGGCCCUGGCCGGAGUCCACACCCUGGUGCUGACCAACGCCGCGGGGUCCCUGCGGCCACACCUGGGCCCCGGUCACCUGCUGGUCAUCCGCGACCACAUCGACCUCCCCGGCCUGGCCGGACGCUCGCCCCUCGUGGGGCCCAAUGACGAGAGGUUCGGGCCGCGCUUCCCGGCCAUGACGGACGCCUACGACCCCGGGCUGCGGCGGCUGGCGCUGUCCCUGGCCCCGAAGGAGCUGCGGGCCCGCCCCGGGGUCUAUGUGGGCGUGGGGGGGCCCAGCUACGAGACCCCCGCCGAGUGCCGGUUGCUGCGGCACCUCGGGGCCGACGCCGUCGGUAUGAGCACGGUGUCGGAGGCGGCGGCCGCGCGUCACCUGGGGCUGCGCGUGCUGGGGCUGUCCCUCAUCACCAACUCGGCGCCCGGUGACGAGGACGAGGACAGCUCUGACGUCACGGCGGGAGGGGCGGGGCCGGAGCCACACCCGGCCGCGCUCACGGGGCACGAGGAGGUGCUGGCGGCCGCUCAGGAGGGCGCGCGGCACCUGCGGGCGCUGCUGCUCGCCCUGGCCCCCAAACUGGACGAGCCCGGACGCAGCCGGACGCGGCCGGACGCGCCGUGACGUGCCCGGGACGACGUCACCGGGACGACGUCACCGGGGUUAUGUCACCGGGAUGACGUCACCGGGAUGGCGUCACCGAGGUGACGUCACGCCGCUCCUGACGGCGGAUCCGCGUUGUCCCCGCACCUCGGGGCGGUGCCUUGAUCCCGCGGAAUUCCCACGGAAUUCCCGGGGCGUCCCUGCUUCCGUCCUGCCUUGGGUUUUGCCUUAAUUCCCUGCAAUUCCAGAAAAACCCCGAGUGUUCGUCCCGCGUCGUUCCCAUGGUGUGCCUUCCACAAAUCCUGACGUGGAUUUCGCCUUAAUUCCAUGAAAAUCCCCAAUCAUUAAUUCCGUGUCAAUCCCAAAUCGUUAAUUCCGUGUCAAUCCCAAAUCACUAAUUCCGUGUCAAUCCCAAAUCGUUAAUUCCGUGUCAAUCCCAAAUCACUAAUUCCGUGUCAAUCCCAAAUCGUUAAUUCCAUGUCAAUCGCAUGUCAUUAAUUCCAUGUCAAUCCCGUGUCAUUAAUUCCGUGUCGAUCCCGUGUCGUUAAUUCCAUGUCAAUCCCCAGUCAUUAAUUCCGUAUUAAUUAAUUCAGUCUCAAUCCCGUCUCAUCCCAGUCUUUGUCCCCUCUGGAUUUUGCCUUAAUUCCGUGUGAUUACAUGGAAUUAAUUCUGUGUGAUUAAUCAAUUCCCAAGUAAUUAAUUAAUUCCAUGUAAUGAAUGCUGUGUCAUUCCCAUGUGUGUCUCCCCAGGGCAUUAAUUAGCGCCCAUUAAUGAGCGGCGAACUCUCAGGGCGAGGGACACAGUUAAUUAACCCCACUGAUUCCAGGCUAAUUAAUCCCCUCGAUUAAUCAUUCCAGGUUAAUUAGCCACAUUCUGUUAAUUAUUCCAGGUGAUACUGUGCCAUUGACUCAUCAUUCCAGGUUAAUUAGCCCCUGUUCCUUAAUUAUUCCAGAUUAAUUAGCCCACCCAGUCAACUAUUCCAGGUCCGUUAGUGCCGUUACUUGCGGUUAAUUAACUGCUGCAAUUAAUUAUUUAAGGCUAAAUAGGUCCACCAUUAAUUAUUCAGAGCAAUUAACAUCUACUGAUUAAUUAGCUCAGGCUGUUAAUUUAUUCAAAAUUUAUCAACCCCCCCAACUAAUUAUUGAUGCCUCAUUAUCGCCCCCGAUUAACUAAUUCUGGGCUAUCAUUGCCAUUAAUUAGUUAAUCAAUGCUAAUGGCACCUGCAAAUAAUUACCAAAGGCUAAUUAAUAUUCCUGAUCAAUUUUCCUGCUUAAGGCUGCUGCUUUCAGGGGCUUGUUUAUCCCCAGGGGCUUAAUUAAUCAAUGAUUGGAGGCUAAUUAACUACUAUAUCCCUACUUGACUACUCCGUUCUGCUUUGCGCAGUUAAUUAAUGAAUGGAUUAAUUAACGAACCAUUCCAGAUCGUUUACAUUCCAGGCGGCCCCUCCCCCCUCCAGGCCGGUUAAUUAAUUAAUUAAUUCAUUCAUUCAUUAGUGAAGGGAGGGGGCGUGGCCUUAACGAGCACGAGAGAAGUUGGGUGGAGUUUGCUGAAGUGAAAUAAAGUUGAUUAAAAGUUUGGCAAAAGUUGGUCAAGAGCUGUGUAAAGUUAAUUAAAAGUUGGAUAAAAGUUAA